AUGCUGCUGCCAGAUGAGGACAGUCUGUCUGGGGACGCCAGCGACAUGAAGAUGUCCACCUCCCAGAUCAAGAGGAAGAAACGCCGGCACAGGACAGUGUUCACAGCUCACCAGCUGGAGGAGCUGGAGAAGGCUUUCAAUGAAGCGCACUACCCUGACGUCUAUGCCCGGGAGAUGCUGGCCAUGAAGACAGAGUUGCCGGAGGACAGGAUACAGAACCGAAGAGCCAAGUGGCGGAAGCGGGAGAAGUGCUGGGGCCGGAGCAGCGUGAUGGCCGAGUAUGGCCUCUACGGGGCCAUGGUGAGGCAUUCCAUCCCUCUGCCUGAGUCCAUCAUCAACUCUGCCAAGAGUGGGCUGGUGGGAUCCUGCGCCCCAUGGCUGCUGGGCAUGCACAAAAAAUCCAUGGAGGUAAGCAGGAAGGCAGAGAGCCAAGAGAAGCUGGCAGAUGGCUGGCGAACGGAGCAGGAGGAGGAGGAACUCAAAGAGAAGCAGGCCAGUUCCCAGAGGGGCUCCGACAAGCUUGGCCCUGCAAAAGACUCAGAGGACACAGCCAUUGACCUCUCCAGGACAGCCAAGCACGAGAAGAGGGGUGUACUGAGGCAGUGCAUCAACGGGACACCCCCCCCAGAGCAGAACGACAGGGACCACUGAGCUUGGGCUGCCCUGGAGGAGGCCAGACCUCACAGAGUCCUGGCAAGAUAAUAAUAUUUAUUCAUUUAUUGAUAUAUAUAUUUUUUCUUAAAUAAUGGAACUUCUAUCUGAAUUCAGGGCAUUUUAAAACUGAGCACACACAUCCCCUUGUCCCUUUACUUUCAAGCUGUUCACUUCUCAGCAGAGCCAGGGUGGAGGGUGGGAGAAGUGUCCCAGCAGGGCCAAGAGCAGUGCGAAAAUUGGGACUGCAUUGUGGUCAGCAUGGAAUGCUGCUGGAGAAGAGCCACUCUUUCCUUCUGGGCGGUGACCACUUCCCCAGCUAGCCAGGAGCACAAAGAGGAGCAACGCAAUGGGAGUCGCUCCCUCCAACACGCAGGUGCAAAGAUGGUGCAGGAGUUUACAGACGUCUUCUCCAAGCACAGCGCCCACGUGCCAGUCCUUCCACGUUGAACACGCAAUUCUUCCACCUCGAGGAUAAGCAGGGUUUUUAAACACUGUAGGGUUCAUCCUCAAGCUGGUGUAACCUGAGGAUGUAUAAACACUCAGGUUUACACUUUCUGAGGAUCUGGCCUGCCAAUGCAGCCUUAUCACUGGAUUUACACUGUGUAGCUUCCUUAACUCAUAUUUGCGAGAAGGGGGUAAAGACAUUUUUGUUUAUGCAAUGAUUUUGUACACUCUUGAAUGUUACCUGCAACACUAUGCAUAAUAGAACAGACCUUUUUGAAAAGCAAGCCAUAGUACCCCAGAGCAAUUAAACAAUUUUGUGAAUUGUCAGAAGAAGAUAUUUUGUAAUUGUCUGUAAAAAAUGUUAAUGUCAGAGCUGUUUCUUGGUUGCCCCAUAUUUGUGUCUAAAAGCACUUUAGUGAUCUGGAUUUUUGAAUGUGGCUCUUCCUGUAUUGUCCACCAUUUAUUUAUUACGCAUCCAUAAAUAAAA